GCAGCCCCCCGCACCGCGCAGUGCCCCGCACCUCGCCGCAGCCUCGGCUUCUCCCCCCCCUCGUCCGGCCAGAUGAUGAACUUUCUGCGGCGCAGGCUCUCGGACAGCAGCUUCAUCGCCAACCUCCCCAAUGGCUACAUGACCGACCUGCAGCGGCCGGAGCCGCAGCAGCCGCCACCGCCGCCUCCUCCCUCAGCCUCCCCGCUCCCUGCCUCUGCCUCCCCGGCCGCGGAGCGCCGGCAGCCGCCGCAGUCCGCUCCCCCCCAGCAGCCGCCGCCGCAGCAGCAGUCGACGGGCAGCAGCUUCUUCAGCUCCCUCUCCAACGCCGUCAAGCAGACGGCGGCCUCGGCCGGGCUGGUGGAUGCCUCCUCCGCCGUCUCCGCGGCUGUCGGCAGAAAGUUCAAGCUGCUCCUGGUCAUCGACGAGCCGCACACGGACUGGGCCAAGGCUUUCCGUGGAAAAAAGGUCCAUGGAGAAUAUGACAUAAAGGUUGAACAGGCAGAAUUUUCAGAAAUCAACUUGAUAGCCCAUGCUGAUGGCAAUUACGCAGUAGAUAUCCAAGUAUUUCGAAAUGGCACUAAGGUUGUCAGGUCCUUCAAGCCUGAUUUUGUCCUGGUUCGACAACAUUCAUUCAGCAUGGCGGAAAACGAAGAUUUCCGUAACUUGAUCAUUGGAAUGCAGUUUGCAGGCAUCCCCAGUGUCAACUCUCUGGAGUCCAUCUACAACUUCUGUGACAAACCUUGGGUGUUUGCUCAGCUGGUGUCUGUCUACAAAACUUUGGGUCCAGAGAAGUUCCCUUUAAUUGAGCAAACAUUCUAUCCAAAUCACAAGGAAAUGCUAACAAUGCCAACCUUUCCUGUGGUGGUGAAGAUUGGACAUGCUCACUCAGGCAUGGGAAAGAUCAAGGUAGACAACCACUACGAUUUUCAGGACAUAGCCAGCGUGGUUGCCCUCACUCAGACCUACGCCACCACUGAGCCCUUCAUAGACUCCAAAUAUGACAUCAGGAUCCAAAAGAUAGGCAGUAACUACAAAGCAUACAUGAGAACUUCCAUAUCUGGGAACUGGAAGACAAACACGGGCUCUGCAAUGCUGGAACAAAUUGCUAUGUCAGAUAAGUACAAGCUUUGGGUUGACACCUGUUCUGAAAUAUUUGGUGGUCUGGACAUCUGUGCUGUUAAAGCUGUACAUGGCAAGGAUGGAAAAGAUUAUAUUUUUGAGGUCAUGGACUGUGCGAUGCCUCUGAUCGGUGAGCAUCAGACCGAAGACAGGCAACAUAUCACUGAGCUAGUCAUAAGCAAAAUGAACCAAAUGUUGUCCAAAACUCCCAUACCAUCUCCUCAGAGACCCACUGCCACUCAGCAGCCUCAGAGUGGAUCACUAAAGGAGCCAGAGCCAAACAAAAUCCCACCUCAGCGACCACCACCUCAAGGGGGCCCAGUGCAACCCCAAGGAAUGCAAUCCCAAAGCCAGGAGCCAUUGCAGCCACAGCGCAUGUACCCCCCCGGGCAGGCAGCAAAGCCCUCAGCUUCCCAGCCACAGCGCCCGCCUGGACCCACCACCCAGCAGCCACGGCCCCAGGCCCAAGGUCCACCCAGCACCAGAUUAUCAAAGGAAGCAGAGCCACAGCCAGCUCCAAAACCAGCUCCAAAGCCAGCUCCAAAGCCAGCUCCACAGCCAGCUCCACAGCCAGCUCCAAAGCCAGCUCAACAACCAGCUCCACAGCCAGCUCCACAGCCAGCUCCGCCACCUGCUCCGCAGCAGAAGCCUCAGUCUCAUCCACAGCUCAACAAGUCGCAGUCCCUGACAAAUGCCUUCAGUUUCACAGAGUCCUCCUUCUUCCGAUCGUCUGUGAACGAAGAUGAAGCAAAAGCUGAAACCAUUCGAAACUUGAGGAAAUCCUUUGCUAGUCUUUUUUCUGAUUAGCCAGCUCCAUCAACGUGCACCUAGCAUAUAGUCUGAACACUCGGUGAAUGUUACCUAGGUUUUGUUCUCCCUGUGACAGUACCUUCUCUCCUGUGCUAACUGUUGUACUGAGCAAUAUGUUAACAUCUAAAAAAAAAUAGGGAAAAAAAAAAAAAAAAAAGGACUUUGCUGAGAUACCAUUCAGGAACACGUAUAGAAAUCUCUGAAGAAGGAAGGGUUCUAUCACUAACACAGAAUGCCAGUUCUAAGGUCCUUAUCCAUUGUAAUAUUGUGGCCUUACUGUGACUGAACUAUAUAAUCCUAUUUGAGGCUCCUUUGUAGAACUGUGUUAAUAAAGCGUUGAGCAGGGGGGCUCCCCGUGCUGCCCCCACGGCCAGCGUGUUGCCAUGCAUGUGUAUUUUGUGUGUAAGUGUUUUGUACUGCAAGGUAUAGUCUUGACUUGUUCUUGCCUCCCGCAUUUAGGAGGCAGUUCACACCGACCUUCUCGUCCAGCCACAUAAAUAAUGUGAGAAGUUGAAGCAGUUUCUUCCUCCUUAUACAAUCUUUCCAUCAGCUGGUUGUAGACUCCUGAUGUAUUGCUGAGAGUUAUCAGUACACUAAUUUAAUGUCAUAAAUAGAGUGUGUAUGUACUACUGUAUCUCCAUUUGUCUAUUUACAUUUAUUUCCAAACUGUAACCAUAACUGGGUUUAGUUGCAAAGAAAUAUGCAUGAUGUUACCCUUAUUUUUGUGAACACCUUCUAAUAAAUGUAAAGUCCCAUGCCUGAUUUAAAAAAAAAAAGAAGUCUUCUACAAAACUUGUUUCAACAUCACUAUAUAUUGUCUGUUUUGACUGAUAUCAAAAGGGUAGCUUUAUGAUUAUAAAAUAUUUGGACACAAACCACAACUGUGAGAAAAUAAACUAUGGCAAAUAAU